AUGGCACUUGAGGCUUUAAGUUCACCGAGACUAGCAUCUCCGGUUCCUCCUCUGUUCGAAGACUCUUCAAGAUCCCAUGGCGUCGAACACUGGACCAAAGGUAAAAGAUCCAAACGAUCAAGAUCCGAUUUCCACCAACAAAACCUCACUGAAGAAGAGUAUCUCGCUUUCUGCCUCAUGCUCCUCGCUCGCGACGGCGACCGUAGCCUUCUUCCUCUUCCUCCGGUGAAGACGGUGGCUGAGAAGCCCUUGGCCAACUACAAGUGCAGCGUCUGCGACAAGUCUUUCUCUUCUUACCAAGCUCUCGGUGGACACAAGUCCAGCCACCGCAAAAACAUGUCGCAAACUCAAUCCGCCGGAGGAGAUGACCAGUCGACGUCUUCGGCGACGACUACAUCCGCCGUGACGACCGGAAGUGGGAAGUCUCACGUGUGCUCCAUAUGUCACAAGUCGUUUCCUUCAGGCCAAGCUCUCGGCGGACACAAGCGGUGUCACUAUGAAAGGAAUAAUAACAACACUAGUGGUAGCGUGUCUAACUCCGAAGGAGCGGGGUCCACCAGCCACGUCAGCAGCAGUCAUCGUGGGUUUGACCUUAAUAUCCCUCCCGUACCGGAGUUCUCGUCUUUCAACGGAGACGACGAAGUGAUGAGCCCUAUGCCGGCGAAGAAGCCUAAAUCAGAUUUUUCAUGUGCUCUGCUUUGAGUUCUUAUAGGGAUUUGUUGAUUGUGUAUACAAGUUUGGGACUUUGAUUUAUUCAAAAUCUUGUUCUUUAUUCUCAGUUAAAAUCUUUAUUAUUAGACUCAUUCUUUUAUCAUAAUAUUUAGACUGAUGAUACAUGUUAGAAAUCUUUGAGUUUUUCACUUUGAUAUGAAUAAAUCUUACUUCUUGCUACAACUCUGUUUUUAGUUUGACCUUUUUUGUUUGGUGCUUAGGAGUGUGAGUGUUUUGUCAGUCUUACGUUAGAAAAAGUCACGUUUUAUUUUUGAUUAAAUCUUCCAAAAUGCGAGAAGGGACCACAUGUGGUUGGUAGAAAUUGUAGAAGCAAGAAUCAAAGACAUUGACUUGGAUAUGCUCAAGAGUUUGGUGGCUGCUCUUGCUCUAUCUUUAGCCACCACAUUUUACAACAAAAAACCCAGUAUAGGUAAUAAGCUGAAAGGAUAAUUCACUAAAGAAGCAACUUGAGCCAAGCAAUAACCAAACAAGAGAAGCCCAAUUAGCCUAAUCAUAAACCCAGUCUCUACAUUAGAGAGCAAUCAUCCUAAGCUAAGAUAAUAUCAGAAGUCUCAUUUUAUGCUGGUAAAAUAAUCCAGCUUGUUUUUUUUUUGAGGUUCCCCUUGAACAGCCUUUAUUCUAAUUUGUAAUUGUUCACUCAUCUCCUACUUCGUUGCAUUCUACAUUUUAAUUAACCGAUUAG